GUUGAAGAAUUAUUGUAGGCAUCGAGCGCUGCCAGAGAUAAUGUCGAAUUGCUGUGCCCGACGAUAAAGCCCAAGAAGGAAAAUUCAGUUGCUCCAGCAAAACACUAAUAUAAACAUUAACUAUGUUAACAGAAUAUUCGGGGAACUUGUCGCAUCCGCUGGAAUUCGGCCAUGUGCUGGAAAUCGUGGCCAAAACAAUCGAUGGAGCCGCCAGGUUCCAUAUAAACCUGUGCACGGCCAAAUCAUCUGUGAACCCAGACGCGGACAUCGGCCUGCGGUUCUCCUGCUACUUUCGCACAGAUCUGAUCGUGCGCAAUGCCCGCAUGCACGGCGUGUGGGGCGAGGAGGAGUCGCACGUCGUGGACAACAUCAAUCUGCCCAAUCCGAUUGUCAGCGGCGAGUUCUUCAUGAUCUACAUUCUGGCCGGCGAGGAGUGUUUCCACAUCUCGAUCAACAGCCGCGAGUUUUGCACCUUUCGCUAUCGCCUGCCGUUGGGCGCGAUACGCGCCGUCGAGAUACGCGAUCAAAUACAGGUGAUCAAACAGGUCGAUCAUCGCACCGUCUUCCCCAAUCCGUGGCCGGCCAUACAUGCCUCCGACUACUUCAAGGCCUUCAGCAACGAUCAGCCAAUACUCUUCAGUCCCGGCCAUGUUAUUGUGAUCACAGCGCGCUGCUUCGAGAACAAGCGUGGCCAGUUCAUCAUCAAGUUCACGGACUCCGACACCAAGCGCGAGGAGCUGCACUUUAGCGUACGCUUCGACGAGUCCGCCGUCAUACGCAACACCAUGAACAAGAAUUUUGAGUUUGGCAACGAGGAGCGCCAUGGAGGCUUUCCCUUCGUCUUCAAUCAGCAAUUUAAGUUGGCCUUAGCUUUUACGGAACGCCAGGUCUUGACCGCUGUGGAUGGGUACAAUUUCUUUAGCUACGCCUGGCGCACACCCAACGCCAUGAUGAACCUCGUAGGCUUCAAGGUGACUGCGAUCAAUGGCUUGGUCAUACAGAUCACAGGAGUCGAUCACAUUCAAACGGGCGACACAACCUGCGCAGGCUUUGAGAAGUACUCAAGACACGACUACGAGUGCGCUUAGCACUUAGAUUUCCAGUACAAAAU